AUGGACGUCGAGAUUGACAGUUUUCAAUCGUCAAGCAGCUUGGCGAGCCUUGAGCGGGAUGUGUCGCAGAGUGAUGACGGCAGCCCCAGGAGCAUCCCCAAGUGGGUGCUCUACGUGCCCAUGGUGGCCUCUGCAGUGUUUCUCUUCGUUUUCAUCGCAACCAAGCGCGCUACCGGCUUCCACGAUGGCGCACCGGUCAGCGGCGCCGCUCGCCGCAGCGCCGUCAUUCAGCCAGUGCUCGAGGAGAUACCGCACGUCGAGGUCCAUCUGAGAGAUCGCAUCUACAGCGGCCGCGUCAUCACGGUGGGGAACCGGAAGCUGCACGCUUUCUUCGGCAUCCCGUUCGCCGAGCCGCCCCUGGGCAACCUGCGAUUUCGCAAGCCCGUUCCGCUGAGACCGCCGCGCGCCAAGUCCGGCCCCCUGGUGAUGGUCCGUCAGAAGCGGUUCCCGUGCCCGCAGAACCAACCCUGGAACCCUCCCAGAGUGCAGUCCCUGGACGUCAACAUCACCGAAGACUGUCUGCACCUGAACGUCUGGGCUCCCGCGGACAGCUCCCGGGGGCGCGCGGUCAUACUGUUCAUUCACGGCGGCGCCUUCCAGAGGGGCGGCAACGACGAGGCCGUCAACGACGGCACCCUGCUGUGCGCCGAAGGCGACGUGGUCGUGGUCGUGCCCAACUACCGACUGAACGCCUUCGGCUUCCUCAACGGCCACGUCGCCAACGCGCCGGGUAACGCGGGUUUGCACGACGUGGUCCUAGCGCUGCGUUGGGUGUACGAGAACAUCGCGCACUUCGGCGGCAAUCCGGGCAAGAUAACCCUCGCCGGCCGGGACGCCGGCGCCGUGCUGGCCGGUUACGUCAUGGUCUCCCCGCUCUCGCAGGGACUGGUGAGACGGUACAUCCUCCUGGACGGGUCUCCCUUCUGGAACCUUCCGGACAACCGAGGCACCAAGAGCGUCGAGAACGUCAAGCUACUCGCGAGGCGCCUCGGGUGCGACCGGGGCGAGGACGUGUUCGACGCCGUUCAGUGUCUCGCCAAGGUCGACCUUUAUGACUACGUCGACUUGGAGGACCUGUCGCAGUUUUCGAUGUACCCGAGCGACCAGGACGACGCCCUGCCCUUCCCGAUCCCGGCCGGUCUCAAGUCUGCGCCGUACGCCGGCGUAGACGUGCUCCUGGGCAACGAGGUGUUUGUAGGCGAUUCCCUGGUCGCACCUUUUCUCACCAUGUCCCUGAGCGGCGUCCUCAACAGGAGUCUUCGCUCCUUCGGCUCCAACUUCCUCAAGAAGUUUGGCUUCGAGAACGGCGCGGAGGCUAUGAAAAAGUACGACAUCUACAGUGCGGCGAACAGGACAGUCGCCUUUGCAGACAUGGUCGGCGACUUCGUGGUUCGUUGCCCGCUGCAGUUUCUCGCUGACGAGCUGGCCAGGCGAAGCCGAAGGGUUUUCUACUAUGUGCUGAAGAGCAAACCGGCCUGGGUUGAACUCAUGGACGCCCCGUACGACCAGAGCCUCCUGUUCGGUCUGCCUCUUGUGGAACCCUCGGCGCCUCCUGACCUCGUGGCGCUAUCCAAGAACGUCAUUUACAGCUGGACCACGUUCGCGAAAACAGGGAAUCUGCGGCUUUUCAACAAAAAGCCGUGGCCACCUUACAGCAGCAGCAGGCGCUCAUUUGUCGUUCUCGGUCACGGCAGAGAGGAAAUAUCGAGCGCCUACCGAGAACGCUUUUGCGACCUCUGGCGCUGCUCGCAUUGUCGGUGGCUGAGGACGAGACUCAAGGAAUCGCUGUUUGUUAGCAUGCCGAUUUAUUUUUCUCAGUUAUGA